GGUCAUGAAGACUCUCCCAAAUGACAGAUGUAUCCCCAACUUAGGUAGCUCUACCUCCAAGUAAUUCUGGAAAGCAGCCAUGUGAGUUUGCUCUAUUGAGACUUCUUUGUUUUGAUCUGUACCCCAUUUUUAAUUAAGUUUUGGGGGUUUUUUGACAUCAAGUUACUAGAGUACUUUAUAUAUUUUGGAUAUUAACCCUUUGUCAGAUGUGGAGUUGGUAAAACAACUGUAGGCUGCACUGGAGGUUUCUUAUUUGGUAAAAUUGUAUUGCUUUCCUAACACCCACAUAUACUCAUGGUGUCUCUCUAAAUGUGGAAGUUAAAUGGUAAGAAUCACUUCCUCUGCUUAGCAAGAAAUCAAAAAUCAGGAUAAUAUGUUCAAUUUUAUUAUCAUUUAUCAAUACUAUAUCAUCAGAUACCAGUAGUCAACAUGAGAAGUUGCAGACCUUACUAUUUUAGAGAACAAAUUCUAGUCUUGAUGGAAUUGGGGAAAAAGUAUCAUAAACCCACAAAUAAAUUGGCCAUUAGUGUUCCCAACUUGAAAACAGGUGCCGAAAACCAGAUUUUAACAAUGUGUACAGCUCUAAAAACCUUUCCUCACCAUCCUAACUGCACAGCAAACUUCAUGUGGAGGGAAUUAGUUCAGAAACUUCCCAAUGGUGACUUCUCUCUGUUAUGUCACAGGUGCUGCAGUCUCACAAAUCUGACCACCCCACCCUAACCCUGACACAAUCUCUUUCCUCUGGUGUUGCUUAAAGUGAGACCAGCAUCCUGGUGUGUGGUGCACGCCUUUAAUCCCAGCACUGGAGAGGCAAUGGCAGGUGGACCUCUGUGGGUUUGAGGUCAACUUAGGCAACAUAGUAGUUCCAGGGCAUCUGUAGCUAGUUAGUGAGACCCUGUCUCAAAAUGAUAAAUAAAAAUGCGAGACCUGGCAGCCUUUCUCUUCUCGCAGUUCUCACACAAAGAGCUUAAUUUCCCCUCCCACUUGGUGCCAGUGACCAGAGACACGUAAUGUUUUAGUGACUUUGCCUCCUGGUGAGACCUCCAACCCCCUCAGAACCUUUAAGAAUGGGCUUUGCUCUUCUUAAAACCACAUUGGGGGCGAGUGCUGGGAACACAGUACCCCUGGCACCUAAGGGUGGAGGCAAAGUACCUGCAGGUGAGCAGGUUUUGGGGAAAGCGGCAAACCAGAGAGCACCAGGGCAAAGUUUAGGAGGGAGGAGUUUGGAGAUUGGGUGAAAGUGCAGAGGAGCAGAGGGAUCUGCAGAAGCCUCCAGCAUUAGCCAGUACGGAUGAGCAGGCUAUAGGUUCCCAGGCAGAACAGAGAAAUGGGGCGGGGCCAGUGUGAACAAUGCCGGGCAAUGGUGCUGGUAGGUCCUAGAGGGGCGUGGUCGGCAAGGAACAGGGUGGAACUUAGCAGAGGGGCUGUCUCUAGUGUCAGCACCAGUCAGUGACCCAGAAAACCUGCCCCAGCUCACAUCUUUGUCAUGCUUGUCACGGAAGGCUCCCUGGUGGCUGCCAUCUGGGCAGUCCUCCAUCCCAAGAUCCUGCUGCUGGCUGCUUUCACUUUCUUGUUGCUGACCAACUGCCUAAAACUCAGGCGCCCCAAGAACUGCCCUCCAGGGCCCUGGCGCCUGCCCUUUGUGGGAAACUUGUUCCAGCUGGAUUUAGAGCAGUUGCAUCUGGUGAUUCAGCAGUUUGUGAAGAAGUAUGGAAACCUAAUUAGCCUUGAUUAUGGUAACAUCCCUUCAGUGGUGAUAACUGGACUACCCUUAAUCAAAGAAGCUUUCACUCACAUGGAACAAAACAUUUUGAAACGCCCCAUUACACCAAUCAGAGAACGUGUCUUUGGUAACAAUGGAUUGAUCAUGUCCUAUGGCCAGACAUGGAAGGAGCAAAGAAGGUUCGCACUGAUGACACUCAAGAACUUUGGACUGGGGAGGAAGAGCUUAGAGGAGUGCAUACAGGAAGAGGCCUUCCACCUAACAAAUGCCAUAGGAGAAGAGGAAGGACAGCCUUUUGAUCCACACUUCAAGAUAACCAAUGCAGUUUCCAACAUCAUUUGCUCCAUCACCUUCGGGGAACGUUUUGGAUAUGAAGAUGACCAGUUUCAGGAGCUUCUGAGGUUAUUAGAUGAAGCCACAUGUUUGGAGACAUCAAUGAUGUGUCUGCUUUACAAUGUCUUCCCAUCCAUAUUUAAAUAUCUUCCUGGAUCACAUCAAACAGUUUUCAGGAACUGGGAAAAACUGAAACUGUUUGUUUCCCGGAUGAUGGACAGUCACCGGAAAGAUUGGAAUCCUGUUGAGCCGAGAGACUUCAUUGAUGCUUUCCUUACAGAAAUGACAAAGUACUCAGACAAGGCUGCUACAAGUUUCAAUGAAGAAAACCUCAUCUGCAGCACUCUGGACCUCUUCUUUGCUGGAACAGAGACAACAUCCACAACACUGCGCUGGGCUCUGCUCUACAUGGCCCUCUACCCGGAAGUCCAAGAACAAGUCCACUCUGAGAUUGACAGAGUGAUUGGUCUUGGGAGGCAGCCAAGCACAGCUGACAGAGAGUCCAUGUCCUACACUAAUGCUGUCAUCCAUGAGGUGCAGAGGAUGGGCAACAUCAUCCCCUUGAAUGUUCCCAGGGAAGUAACAACUGAUAGCACACUUGCUGGAUUCCACCUGCCUAAGGGAACCAUGGUCCUGACCAAUUUGACUGCUCUGCACAGGGACCCCAAAGAGUGGGCCACCCCAGAAACCUUCAAUCCAGAGCACUUUUUGGAGAAUGGACAGUUUAAGAAGAGAGAUUCUUUUCUGCCAUUCUCAAUAGGAAAGAGAGCUUGCCUGGGAGAACAAUUGGCCAGGUCUGAGCUGUUCAUCUUCUUCACUGCUCUUCUGCAAAGAUUUACGUUCAAACCCCCAGUUAAUGAAAAGCUGAGCCUGAAGUUCAGAAUGGGCCUCACCCUUAACCCAGUCAGUCACCACAUCUGUGCUGUCCCCAGACUGUGAUGCUGGAGAAGGAAAGAGAAAAGGAAGGACAUGCACUACAAAUCCACUGAUGCCUACACAUACAGGUGGAGGGGGACAACAACAAAACCAUUAUUUUACAAGGUAUGGAAUAUGAGAUCAGAACAGAAAAUAAUCACAGCACAUUAAAUAUAAUAAGUAUAUAAAUGUUGGAGCCUCAGCCUGCCUCCAGAAAGCAGUGGGAUCCAGGACCAAGUAUUAUGUAACUGGAAUGAACCACAACCUUUGGGAAGACAUUCACUGUGACUUCUAAUGGAAAUUUCUACCCAUAAAACAUGUCUCCUGUUUUCUAAGUUCACUGGAUAUACUAUAAACAAUAAGUCUCUUUCCCAUUCAACAAUUAUACAAACAUUUUGCGAAAGGAAGAUGUAACCAUCAUUUCUCCCUUAUGUUUGGACACUGUAGUACUGCUAUUCUCUUAGGUUUGGUCCCUAACACACAAAGUCAUCUUAAGAAGUGAAUCUUCUCACCAUCAUCUUCCUACAAAGUGAAGUAGCCCAACCAUGUUGUAGUGAACAUUUAAAAUAAGGCAAGGCCUUGAAGGUCUUAGAAUAAAAGGUAAUGGGUCUGGUGGAUAUGGAUGGGUUGCUUGUACAAGGAAGAGGUCUAGGAUACCACAGGCUUGAGGCAAAGCUGGCCUGGUAACUCUGGAACAAAGAAGGCUUCCUGAGAGGAGAAGCUGGGUAGGUGGGCCAAGGUGAUGCAGAGGUCUUCCACUGGUAGUCUACCUUAGUCCCAUUGAGUUCAUUCAUGGCAUUCUCAAAGAAUCUCACACCUUUGUCACACAAUCAAAAACAGUGCAGUAUCUUUUGGAAAUAGCACUAUGGCCACUACCCCCAGACCUUCACAGAUUUCUUCCAACAUGCAGCUUUAAUUCUCUAUGUGCCCCUUAAUAUUGGGUUUCUAGAGAUGCUACAAAGCUCAUGGAAAUCGCUCGCCUGGUAAAAGGAUCCAUGCUCCUACUCUAUACCUUUCCUACUCUACACUUGAAUGGGGAAAUGAAAAGUUCCCUCCUGACAUUUAAAGUAGUUGCCAGAGGCAUAAUCCAUAAAGGAGCCAGGGCCCUCCCAGCUUCAUCUUGUCAUUAGAAACUGGCUGACCUUCCUGAUACAUGAGUGUCAAUAUGCACUCCACAGGGUUUUGUGGAUAGUAGGUCCUGCAGAGAUAGACUAAGGUUAACCACACAAAACAUAGGAUGGUCCACCAAGGUUACAGAUCAUUAGUCUUUGUCACUAUUGAGGGAUGUUAAGAAACAUGGAGGAAUUCAGUUCUCCAUCAAUAAGAAGAAUUAGUUCAAAAGGCUUCUCCUUUGCAUUGUUCACAAGGGGAGGAUGGAUGAAGGAAAAUCUUCAGAGGACACUAUAGAGUAGAAGACAAUGCAUAAUUGAACCUGUGCUCCAAGCCAGGCCUGACCUCCCUACCUAAAUAGCCAAAAAAAAAGAGCUAAAUUAAAUGUAGGAAACAUAGAAAGGAUAUUUACUGAAUUUGACCAUAUUGAGAAGAGAAACAAAGAGUUCCAGAAGCACCCCCCCUGAUCCCCACCUGAGUGAGAUUAAAGUCUAAAUAGAGAGGCAAGGAAGUGCAAAUAUAAGCAGCUCCAAUCAAGGUAUGGUCACACCCACUAUCUUCAUUUUUGCCAAGUCUAUUAUAGAAGGAGCUAUGGAAAAUGUUCCAAUAUGUUCCUUUAGUCGUACAGACAGGAAACAAGACACCCC